UUACAGUGUUCUGCUUCCGGUCCUCAUUUCCGGUCCUGUUCUGGUUGAAGAGGUGUGGACAGGUUGCCGUGGAGACAGACACCCUGCGGGGCCAGAAAGCAUCUCAGACGGGCUGCAGGCUGCCUGGAGCCCGGCCGGCCGGCCUGCAGCAGUCAACAUGUCCGUCUCCGGAAUGAAAAAGCAGCUCCACAAAGCCAGUCAGCUCCUGAACGAGCGCCUGAUGGGAGCCGAAGGAACCAAACUGGAUGAAGAUUUCCUGAAGAUGGAGAAGACGAUCGCAGUUAUCAACCUGCUGCUGGCUGAACUCCUGUCCAGAACCACAGAGUUCCUGCAGCCAAACCCAGGUACCGGGUCCAUGGAGAGGCCCGACCAGCAUCCAGCUCACAGGCCAACAAACAUCUGAACUUGUGUGAAGUCAGAAAUAUCGGAACGGACCCAAUAAAUAGGCUGAAUCUCAAACUCUCCCCUAACAUCUAAAGGCUGAUUUAUACUUCAAAACCAGGUCGCCUGCGUGUGUGUCGUAGUAAACGAAAAUGUGCCCCCGCCCCUUCCGCACACACUCCGCACCUCUCCCAAAUUGUAGGUUGACUGCAGACAGGAGGCCUCUGAUUGGUCAAAUUUGCAUCCUCUCUACACUAUACGUAUUUCCUGUUUGGUACCUUACCGGCUUGUUUUGUUUGUGUGACCGCCAUUGUGGAAAACGACUCGUGAAGAUGGACCAGCUAGAAGAGCGAGGUGCGCGAGAACAUUUUCACCCUCAUUUCCCUCCGUUUUCGCACAAACUUGCUUUCGUUAUUGUCCGUGGGGACGCAGCCCUGAGGGUAGCCUGUGUUUAUGGUGAUGACAGCAGAGGUGUUCUGUCCGACCCGGACUGUAUGAGGUCUGACGAUCUCCCUCUGAAGGGGAUCAAAUAAAACAAUUUCAAAGAGGACCUUCCAUUUAGGGAUUAAUUAUAUCUUUUUUCUUAUCCCUAUAUUGUGAUUUUCUGUGAGUGUGAUGAAGCAGACCGGCGGAACUUACAUUUCAAUGCACGUUUUUCCUCCGCAACCAGUUCGCUGUUACACCUGCAACCAAAUUCCUCACUGAUCCACACUCACUAUUUAAGGGCUGAACGCUCCACUCGCCCUACCAACUACGUGGUUUGGGACAGCCCUUAAUGUGACGUUCCCUCCGCGGGAACCCGCAAACAGAGGGUUAGGGUUUAGGGCUAGUGUUUAGGGACCGGUUUGGGAUUGGGUCAAACUCACAUGCAGUUUCAUUUAAAACAUUAACUAUUCUCCGCUCACAUUUGAAAUGUUUCAGCACCACCAGACCUGAUAUGUCUCAUGAGUCUUUGCCUCUUCUCUUGCUCUCUUCGCACCUGUAGCCUCUCUCCUACUCAAAUGUUUCUGCUGGGUGUGACAACUAUGGUUAGUUUGAGGAUCGUUUCCACUGCCUGUGAUUGGCUGCCUUUCAGGAAGCGC